GGGAAGUGUCAGUGUGGGUGCGGUGUGUCAGGGUCCAGCCUGCUGUCAACGAGGAAGUGUCACAGCACGUACAUCAUACUGUGUUUGUCUUUUUGAAACGAUUUUUACUAUUUUUAUUCGCACCGUUUGGUGGUUUUUGGAGUGACAGAGCAAAAAUGGCCACGGUGGACUUGGAGAAGCUGAAGAUGACGGGAGCCGGGAAAGCCUUAGCGGUUCUGACCAGCGGUGGAGAUGCACAAGGGAUGAAUGCAGCUGUCCGCGCUGUGGCACGGAUGGGCAUUUAUGUGGGAGCCAAGGUCUAUCUUAUUAACGAGGGAUACCAGGGCCUGGUGGAUGGGGGAGAGAACAUCAAACUGGCCCACUGGCAUAGUGUGACCAACAUCAUCCAACUGGGUGGAACCGUGAUUGGUAGCGCACGAUGCAAAGUCUUCACGACGCGAGAGGGAAGACUUGCAGCAGCCUUCAACCUGAUAAAAAAAGGCAUCACCAACCUGUGUGUUUGCGGUGGAGACGGCAGCCUCACCGGAGCCAACAUCUUUCGCAAUGAGUGGAGCGGUUUGUUGGAGGAGCUCGUAGCGAAAGGACGCAUCACAGACGUUAUGGCCAAGGAGCAUGACCACUUGAACAUUGUGGGGCUCGUGGGCUCCAUUGACAACGACUUCUGUGGCACUGACAUGACCAUCGGGGCGGACUCUGCGCUGCACCGCAUCAUGGAGAUAGUGGAUGCCAUCAUGACCACCGCGCAGAGCCACCAGCGCACUUUUGUGUUGGAAGUCAUGGGUCGACACUGUGGGUAUCUAGCCUUGGUGUCAGCUUUGGCGUCUGGGGCAGACUGGCUCUUUAUUCCAGAGGCUCCUCCUCAUGAAGGCUGGGAGGACCAAAUGUGUACCCGUCUGGAGAAUAGCCGUUUAAAGGGGUCAAGACUCAACAUUAUAAUCAUCGCAGAAGGAGCCAUCGACAGACAAGGAAACCCCAUCUCAGCGACAUAUGUGAAAGAUCUGGUGGUGAAUCGACUGGGUUAUGACACCAGACUGACCGUACUCGGCCAUGUUCAGCGAGGUGGAACUCCCUCAGCGUUUGACAGAAUUCUGAGCACUAAGCAGGGUGUGGAAGCAGUGGUUGCCUUAUUAGAGGCCUCUCCUGACACGCCGGCCUGUGUCAUUGGCCUGUCGGGUAACCAUGCUGUUCGUCUUCCUCUAAUGGAGUGUGUGGAGAUGACAAAGCUGGUACAGAAGGCCAUGAAUGAGAAGAGGUUUGAAGAAGCUGUGAAACUGCGUGGAGGGAGUUUUGAGAACAAUUGGAACAUCUACAAACUUCUUGCCUUCCAAAAACCUGCCCAGUUGAAGAGCAAUUUCACUUUGGCUAUCAUGAAUGUGGGUGCUCCUGCUCCAGGGAUGAAUUCGGCAGUGAGAUCAGCUGUAAGAUUAGCGCUGGCCCAUGGACACAGGGUCUAUGGGGUCCAAGAUGGAUUUCAAGGACUUGCCAAUGAAUCAGUUUUUGAGAUGGAAUGGCACAAAGUUGCGGGAUGGACAGGCCAAGGUGGCUCCCUGCUAGGAACCAAAAGGACUCUUCCAGACAAGAACAUGGAGAAGAUUGUGGCAACCAUUACCAAGUUUAACAUCUCAGCUCUGCUUGUAAUCGGAGGGUUUGAGGGCUACAAAGGUGUGCUGCAGCUGUAUGAAGCUCAGAAUGUCUAUGAGAAGCUCUGCAUCCCCAUGUGUGUGAUCCCUGCCACCAUCAGCAACAAUGUGCCCGGACCUGACUUCAGCCUGGGAGCAGACACUGCAGUCAACGCUGCCAUGGAGGGCUGUGACAAGAUCAAGCAGUCUGCCAGUGGGACCAAGAGAAGAGUGUUUGUGGUGGAGACCAUGGGUGGAUACUGUGGCUAUCUCGCAACCUCCACCGCCAUGGCUGUGGGUGCUGAUGCAGCCUACAUCUUUGAGGACCCCUUCAAUAUCCACGACCUGAAGACCAAUGUGGAGCAUUUAGCUGAAAAGAUGAAGAAGGAUGUCCAGCGGGGCCUUGUACUGAGGAAUGAGAAAUGCCAUGAAAACUACACCACAGACUUCAUUCAUAGGCUGUAUUCAGCUGAGGGGAAGGGCAUCUUCGACUGCAGAGUCAAUGUGUUGGGACACCUUCAGCAGGGAGGGGCACCUUCUCCGUUUGACAGGAAUUAUGGCACAAAGUUGGGUGUGAGGGCAAUCCAGUGGAUUUCAACGAAACUGAAAGAAAACUUCAAAGAAGGCCGAGUGUUCACCAACUCACCAGAUACAGCCUGUGUGCUCAGCCUCAAAAGGAAGGUCAUCUCAUUCGUCCCUGUUGCUGAACUGAAGGCCGUGACUGAUUUCGAGCACCGGAUGCCCAAGGUCCAGUGGUGGUUCAGUCUGCGACCCAUGCUCAAAAUGUUGGCCAAGUACCAAACCAGCUUCUGUGAAUAUGUUCCAGGAGAGAUCGAACAUGUGACUCGACGCUCCAUCAGCAUCGAUGCUGGCUUCUAAACUCUGUAGGUCUACUGUAUACUCUGCACUUUUUUAAUCUUUAUCCUGCAGUUUUUUUCACCUCUCAAGAGUUUCCAAUUUCUACCGUGUAUAUUCACAGGACUGAACACUUUAAAAGCAGUACCAUUGUGGCUUUAGUUGUAAAUAAUAUGAAAGUAUACUUCUUCAGGUAUUCUUUGGUGCUUGCAAUACAGGUCUUUUUCUUUGUACUAAACAAGCCUUUGGAAAGUCAAAUCACUGCAUUAAAAAAUAUGUGUAACUAAGUUAGUUCAAAGAUAACUUAACAAAAAUAUGAUCGCAGAAUUACCUUUUUUAAACGAAGUCUGUAGUAAGUGAGACUUGGAAGAUUUUCUUGAAGAUAUUUCAUCUAUAAAUGAACUUUUUGUGACCACAGGCAUUCUAUCCAUUUUCACUAGUUAAGACACAAUUAGAGUAUCCAAUUAACCUAAUCCCCAUAUUGCAUGUUUUUGGACUGUGGGAGGAAACCAGAGAACCACGUACACACGAGGAGAGCAUGCAAACUCCAUGCAGGGGACCAGGUCGCAAACCCGGCUCUUCUUGCUGCAAAGGCAAGAGUGCUAAACACUACACCAACCGUGUGAAAUGUUAACACUCUGAUGAUCAUUGUUAACAACCUGAAGCUCUCCAACAACUGUAAUUGACUCUCAAAUGGCUAUCGCACCUUGGAGCAGCCCAGCCGUGAGCACUGCCCACUUUUUACAGAGGUUACAUUUCCUGUGUUUCACCACAAACCUUCAGAACUGAAGAAGCCUCUUGGAUGAGGUGUAACGUCUACAAGAAAAACUUCAAGUCCAGUUGCUUCCAACUCAAUGGCUCCCUUUACACUUGCCUGUUUUGGAUAACGGUUACCUGGAUAAUGAAAAUCUACAAAGACAUACUUUUUUGUACUACUAAUACAAAUGGAUGUUCAUUUUUUUCUUAAUGUACAGUAGUUUGUAUGGAGGUACAAAAGAAUCCAUCAUUUUACUUUACAAGAGCUGUUGCCAGCUCUUUGGACAAAUUCUAUCAGACACUGAAGGCAUCUUUAUGCUGCAUACUGUAUUUAAUUUACUGUAUGCUGUAUUUAAACAUCUAUGAGAUGCUGUGGAUCGUCCUAUUAGGAAAUGUAUGCCACAGCCAGUAAAGUUCCAACAAUCCACAGCUACUGUGGAGGAGUGGAACAACAUUCCACAGGCCAGCACUCACACUGCUGUGAACUCCAAAUGAGCAGAUGAAAAUCUGAACUUCUGUUGUGCUGCCUUUCUGCCACUUUAACGCUUCACAUGCACUCUCUGCUAUUCACAUUUAUUCUCUAAAUGUUAAUUGUUGUCAUAGAAAAGUAUUGCAAAUGCUUUGCUGAAAGUUAUGAAAAAUGUUUUGUAAAGUACUGAAUUAUGUAUUUUAAAUCUUUGUUCAGUAAAUAUUAUAUAAAGCAGAUUAUAUUUGUUCUGUGGUUUGCUGCAAAAUCACAUUAAAUCAAAACUCCAACUUUAUGGGUAAAAUAUAGAUGUGAGAUAGAGAUGUGACUAAAUGACUCGUGAGACCAGAGAGGUAUUAAUUUUAUUUUUUAUUUCAAACUCAACAGUAAAUGUUAGAAUCAGAAAAUGAAUACCAAUGAGCAGUUAAUUACACUGUAAGAUUAACUUCGUAACUGCUGCUGUCACAAAAGGGAAGCAUGCAAAGAAAUAUGGAUUUGUAUAUUAUUUUGUUGCUAAUAAAAUGUUAUCCAAC